AUGUACGAAAUUGAAAACGACAACAUUGACAGAUUUCUUGGUUUGUCGAUGGACGGACCUGCAACCUUGUCAUUGUGGAAGUUUUGCAUGCGUGGAAGUCUAAAGGGAAUAAUCAGUGCGAAAACUACGCAAAUGGAUGGUUUCUUUAUAUACUGCUUGAUCAAUGAUAUUGCUAAUGGCCUUCAGUACAUUCACAAAUCCUUCCUUGAAAAACAUGGACGUUUGACUUCUUCUUGUUGUCUAGUGGACUCUCGAUGGCAAGUUAAAAUAAGUGAUUACGGCGUCGAGCCACUCAAUUCGGAAGAACAACAAACAGAUCUGGAAAGCAAGCUCUACGUUGCUCCAGAACUGCUACGAGAUCCGCAGCGAGAUGCAACCAAGGAAGGAGACAUUUAUAGUUUUGCAAUCAUAUGCUCUGAACUAAUUGGAGGUACAAGUGCUUGGAACAUGGAAAACCGCAAAGAGGACGUGGAAGCUAUGCCUUCCGAUUCAAAUAUCAGGCCAAAAUCUUCUUGA